GUUAACUACAACAACUUAACUAGUCGUAGUAGCACCUCUAAGGUGACAAUUCAAUUUCAAUCAAAACUAAAACCCAGAUUCUUCAUUGAAUGGUAAUCUCUCUGUCAAAAGAAACCAUGCCAUCUUUUUCCGACUCUGUCAUAUCCGAAGUGUCCCAGCACUCACAUGGCGAAGCCCGUGUGAAGUUGCUGAGGCUUGAUCGUCGUACCACACCCGGCAAUCCGCAUAUUUCUGGCGCAAAGCAAGCGCAGAAGCACAGUCUCAAACGUUUCGAUGUUCAGGUGAGGUUGGAGGGUGGUCCCUCGCUCAACUCCUUCACGGGUUCCGAUAACACGGUUUGCGUUGCGACGGAUAGUGUGAAUUAUGAAGAAACAAAUCGAUCGUGAUUAGCGUCUACUUCUUGAAGAACCUAUACCUAUACCUAUACCUAUGCGUAGUAUGUAAUUCUUCUAGGAGCAAAAAUAAUGAAAGAAAUUGUUGUUCUCUCGAUGAUUUGAUUCUAGAAUCCUUUAAUCCUCAAACAGCGUCUUCGUCCUGUCCCAACAAAAUCCGCUUUGCUCCAAGGAAGCCUUUGCGACGAUUGUGGGAAAGCAUUUCUGCAGGAAAUAUCCGGAGCUAGUCCAAAAAUGCGAAGUCCUUGUCGAAGAGGACUUGUGGGAGAGAGUCGUUUACUACACUCCUGCGCCUCCUCCGGCACCUCCGGAGCCUUCCAAGAAGAGCGAGGCAGAAGAAGAGCGAGGCAGCAAUGUGCCUGCUGAAGAGGGCAUCCCAGCCACCAAGCAACUGCUUGCAGCUGCAAAAAUGCCAGCUCUCACAACGGGAGUGAAUUUUCCAGUCAUCAAGUCCGGAGGUGCUGCUUCCCCGUUUCUGCAGACUCGUGCUCCACUUGGUGGUAGCAGCUUUGCUCCGGUCUCGAUGAGUGCUAUUGGAGGGUCUGGAGGUGGUCUGUUGAAACUGGAUAAGCCAUUGUGUGUGCAGUCUCCGUGGACUGCAUCUGCUGGAGGAUCGUUGUUGAAGCAUGGCAGUGGAGCACAACAACAUGGAGCUAAUCAUGCUUUAUGGAAAGAAGUUGGUUGCGCAUGUGGUUUUGAUGUCUGUAAAUGUACUUACUUUCCCUUCUACCUGCUGCAGUUGCUCUACGUGCAGUAAGAUCGUCGCAAAAUCUUCAAGAACAACAUUCUUGGGCAACUUUUAAACCACAUCUUUGAGACCAAGUAACAUGACUAUGACCCCUUCACUCCUUCACCUUCCGCGUUCACAGUCUCGACAACAACAAAAACCUCUUCUAACCCCCACCCACACCCAAGCAGCUUCCGAAAAGAGCAAUAAGAACUUUUUUUUACCCUCCAUGGCAGCAUCCGAGAUCGAGGGUGCUUCUGUAACUGAGCACUGUCACGCUUUCCGAAAACGUGGUCCUGAAGUGAUGUGGUGCAUGGUAACUGUUUGUGUUAUGAUCCGGGAUUGUAAGCCUACUUAAGCUAGAAUCAAGCAGAGGAAGACGAAGAGUAAGUAGAGAUUAAUAGGAAAUAAAAUCAUGAACAAGAAGAUGUAACCUACCUGAGUUCAUCAGCCUUGUUUCCACUAUUCUGAGAAAAAAUGUUCUUGUUGCAAUCAUGUUAACAAGGUCCAUCUCGGUUUCCCUUAGGCAACUCAGAACCGACAUCAUCAUCCUGCUCUAACCAUCGCACCGGCACUUCCGCCAGCGUCUCCCUUGAUUCCCUCGUGAGUGGCGUGCGUGGUCUGACGAUGAUGAAAACGACUCAAUCCGCAUGGGAAAAAUUCGUCCGCGAUGAAUUCACCACUCUACCAGAUGCAGCUGACCGCAUUAUGGCGUCUUCGAUUGAUACCGAAUGGAGCUUCUACCCGGGAGCUGUUGAUGGUACUAUUUUGCUAGAAGCCAUAACUUUUACUUUAUUUGCAUGAUUUCACAGCAACGAUGAUGAACGUACGUAGGUACUCACGUUAUUCCCUAUCAUGUCAUCCUCCGACCACCUCCACCCAGGCGACUUCGACACCAUCACCUCUUCCAUCUACGCUACACUGGUUGAAGUCCUAUGCGGUCCUUCCGACACUGGCGUCUUCAGCCCUUCUGUGCAACGCACUGUCUACGAGAUGGGCGAAGAAGUCCUCAAACGGUUUGCUGACUCUGUCGGUCGAGUCAAACUUUACGCGCCAAACCUUGACCACAUCCCGUUCGACUUUUCGCGCCUCGAGGAUGCACUUGGACCUAACAGGAUGCCCAAAGCAGGCAAUCCAGAAGUUUUUGUCGUAACGAGUGAACCAGCAGGCAUUAUUCAGAUCGAGCUGUAUGCUAAGGAAGGAGCCGCGAAGGAGAAGCUGACACUACCUGCAUCUCAACAACCUGUUUCGAAGGUGACAAAACUAGCUAGUACCAGCAAAGCUCAAUCUCCAGCAACCAAAGAGCAAUAUCUUCAAGCACCCGGCAGAGAGUCAAUGUCAACUGCAAAUACUACAACAGCGAUCAGUGUCCUUCCGACGUUGCCCAAUGUUUGCUCUCGUCGAGACUUCUUGGAUGCCUUCGGUGGAGUGUACGAGAAGUCCAUCUGGAUCUGUGAGCGCGCUUGGCCGGCUUUUUUGCAUCAGCUCACAUACAAAUCCGCUGAUGACUUACUGAUGCAUCUGCGACACAUUGUGACGACGAGUUCUUUUAUGAUGCGGAUGGAUACAACAACAACUCUGGCAAUGGGUCAGUAGACCUAUUCAUUGUCAAUUGGUAUUUGAUAGGACCAGGAAGCGAAUAUCAAUAUGAUUUUUUUAUCAACUAGGAAAAUCUAAUGGUAAGGAGAAACCGCUUUAAUCCAAUCCCAAAGAGCAUCUACAACUUGUCCCCAUUUCCCCCUUCAUACCCCACGACGAAAAGCUUGCCUUGCUCUGCGCACAUCCAGAUCUUGCUAGUAAGGUUGCGAUUGCUACACUUGCUGCAGCUAAGGCGAACGGAAAUGCAGUAGCGAAUGGCGAGCACGGUCUUACCAAGAGUUCGCAGAUCGAACAGUGCUCGGCCGGUCUAGACCAAUGUACGCGUGCCGAGUAUGACCAGUUCUUAUGGCAGCAGAAAAUCCACAUUUUCCAGCAUUUUAUUGCCGGUUUAUUUCGAUUGAAUUUGUUUUUGCAAAAGGUCCUCAGAAAUCCCUUUACGGGUUCUCCGAUAGGUGUAGACUUGUGGCCGAAUGUAGGGUCUUAUGCGCCCCCAGUGUGUAACUUGUAUGACAUUCGUUGAGCGAGUUAAUUAAUGGUUUGAAAGGGCGGUAGCAUAUAGUCCUAACGCAAAAGAAAAAUGCGGGCGCUUACCAGGGACGGCACCACCAGGGAUGCACCCAUGACAAUCCCCUUCAGCCGGUUUAAGUAGAUUUCCCCCAGUUCCUCUAAGAUUCCAAGUUCUGAAUGAUGCGUACCAUAAGAAGUUCGGCUUUCCGUUUAUCCUGGCGGUCAGUGGACGCAGUGUGGCGCAAAUUUUGGCCACCUUCGAAGACCGAGUCAGCAACGCAACAGAUGUGGAGUUCGAGGAAGCUUUGAUCCAAGUUCACAAGAUUGCAGAAAUUCGAGUACAGAAGAUUCUUGUUGGGGGACUCUAAUUUUGGGAUUCUAAAUUUAGUGCUGUCAAAGAAAAUGACCGUAAUUUAUAAUCAAGCAGAUCGACAUCGAUAGCACCAGAUUCAUGUCGUCCUGUUUCUGUUCUUAUGAUUAUCAUGCCCUAGAAAUUUCUAAGAUGUUCAGGCCACUACUUAGUAGAGCAGUAAGUGUCCUACAAAUAGGUCGUCUGGUGUACCUAGUACAUCUUGUACUUAUCACUCUUGUACAGAGGUGCCACUGACAACUACAACAUUUUUUAUCGCUUCAACAAAAUUCUGGCAUCUAUUUCAAUAAAUAUGAAGGAUUCCAAAAAAUAGAUCCGUACCUUAUGCAUGUAAACGAUUGCAUCUGUUUUGUCGUUACUGAAAACAAUGAUUUUUGUGAUGUAACGAUAGAGGAAGUCAAGAAAACGUAGACGGUUUAUGUGUUUAAAUCAUGGAUAAAGACUAGCAUUAUCAGCAUGUGCAGCUGCAGUCGUGAGAAAAGCCACGGUCGUAUCUUCCCAACAAAAGAAAUCUACACCGUCGAAGCGGCAUUUCUUCUCAAAUUAUCUGUCAUUGAUAGACUACUGAUUGACCACAAUCUUCGGACCGAGCAUUCGCUAGGAAAGAAAUCAGUCGAAUGAACAUCACCAACUAGAUGAUAAUUGUGUAGUAAAGGUUAUCUGAAAUACUACUAUGUACUAUCACGACUACAAAAUAUCUUCACUCUAUGGAGAUAAUUUGUCAUCGAUCGCAAAUCGAUACCAGAACCACAGUAACUGUUGAACCUUCUUAUGAUCAAAAAGAUGCAUCAUGCUCACGCAGCUUUGUUGUAUCAGAUAGAAAGAGAAGAACUUACACGACUGGUAGUUGUGCGCUACGUUGUGCUUCACAAAAAUUUCCUGGAUGAAAUCAGUCACCUGCCGGAGGGUCGAGUAUGAGUUUCAGAAACGCAAAAGGGCGAGUCCAUCAACGUGUCGCCCAUUGAGA